CUGUGUCGUCUGCCACAAACGCGUCUUCCGCAUUCGCCUUGUGCUGUGUGCUGCAUGCUGUACACUGAUUUAGCAUUCAUUCCAUUGUGCUGGUAACACCUGGGUCUUGCAAGAAAUUUUUCUGAAACGUAAAACCGGGGAAAAACAAGCAAUGGCGGACUCUACCGUGACCGAAAACGCGUUGAAUGGAAAGGACGGCGGCAUUGCUACAGUCCCAAAGAGAGCCAAAGCGACCACCUCUCGACCCACGACCCUCAACAAAGUUGUGGAGGCUAUACGGAGCUGCGAUGACAACCCCCGCAAGGGAACCAGUGUCAAGGCCAUCAAGACUUGGAUCGACGCCAACUACAAAGACACCAAGUCCACCCAGAGAGGCCUGCUGAAGAAAGCCCUCGAGAACGGCCUGGGGCGUCAGGUCAUCGAGAGACCGAAGAAGGAGGACGAAGGCAAGCCGCUACUCACGGGCUACUACAGACUGGCCAAGCCCAAGCCAGCUCCCAAAGGUGCCAGGAAGGCCACUGCCAAAACAAAGCCGCUGAAGAAAGCUGGGACCCAAAGUACCGACGGGGAGCGUCGCAGCCGCUCGACAUCGCCCAAGGGAAAGAAGGCCAGGCCUGUUCCCCGCGCCCGUGCUCGCUCCGUCAGCGCCACGCCGCGAGUCAGCAAGUCCAAGAAGGUCCGCAGCCGGUUGAGCAAGUCGCACUCGCCGCUUCGCACGCCCAAGCUCAUCAAGCCCAAGUCGAAGGCAAUGGCUGGCGGCAAGAAAAAGACGACCUCCCCCGCCUUGAUCAAGCCGGCAGCCAAGACCAAGAAAUCACCGGUAGGCAAGAAACAAGUCAAGAAAUCCCCGGCUGCUGAGGCGGCUGCCAAGAACACGACGAAGACCGCAAAGCCAGCUAAGGCAACUGGAAAGGCCACAGUGAAAGACGGUGGUAAAAAGAAGAAAUGAACACUACUUAAUCAUUGAACAUUUUAAGUACUUUUAUCCAUUAAAUUGCCGAGUAUUCUUUUUUAAUGCAUAUUUAUUUUUCCUCUGCAGAAUGUAAUGUUUUCUUUAGUUUAGCUUUGGGUGUGAUAUGUGUGGGGAAAUGCAUGUAAAAUAUUCUAAUUAUCGAGAGGCAAACUUACACUGAAAGCAAGCAAGGAAUUAUCUUGCACAUAUUUUUACUUACAAAAAUUGUACAUUUGUGAACGCUUUAUCCAGUUCCUUGAGUCAAGAUGCUUAAACGCGAAGUACUAACGACGCUAAAAAUUCCUCAUUUUCUUUAACUUUCGAUUCUGAAUGUAUUUGAUUGUAAACAUUAAGUGUGUUGUACAUCUCUAAGUUUUAGUGGAAUUGGAUGUUGGAGUUAAAUUUAAAUUACACGUAAAGGCGAAACAAAAAUAGUGUUUGAGGAUUCUUUUUACGGGUUCAUGUUUGGGGUUGUUUUACCUCACAGCUCUAAAAUAAAUGGGGUGGAGUGAUUCACGCCUAACCUUUCCCUAAUCGUCACCCUUCCAAUCAUGCAGGCAUGCCAGAAGCUGGGUCAUGCCUUUAGCCGACACUUCACGAUAGGCCUUAAUUUUUUUUCUCCUCAACACGGGAAAGUGAAAGGGGGGACUGUGGUUCAAUAGUCCAUCCCUGGUAAAAAGUGUGUGUGGGGGGGGGAGUUACGUCUAUGAUUACAUUCUUGAGCUGCUAUACCAAACUCCAUGACUUUGAUAUCACUCUGAAGAGUCGCAUGCCCGUACAUCACCUGACAUCCUGUGUACAAACACUAUGAGAUUCGUCUGGAAGAAACUAGCUUUUAUAAAUGAAAGUUUCGACAUGUCCCCUACACGUAUGUUCGGUCCCCAUAGACUGUGCGUGCAUUUAGUUUGUGUAUUCCGCAUGCGCAAUAGCAAAAUGGUCGUUGGCCUGAAAACUGGUAUUCUAGCAGACGACACAUAUCGGUGAGGGAUUUGUCCUGCCAUUUGCCUU